CCUUUCGAGGCGGUCGUUAGUGUUUUACUGCCGCUCAAAUGAAUCGACUGUAAGAUUAUUGACGGUUUAAAAUUGCAUUGUAUUAAUCCGUUAUCUUAAACACCAAUCGAACAACGUAUGUCGGUAUCAUUAAACUAAAGAAGUCAAGAUUAAUCAAUCAGAGACCCACUAAGAACGAAGUUCUACGCUGAAUUUUCCCUUUUGCAAGGACAUUUAAAGGACAUUCCUGGCUGUUUUUCUUCUAUUUGUGGACCACCCAGUCGCUGAGCAUGUCUGUUGCCCUUCUUGUGCGAUAUGCCACGCUCAGCGGGUCUCGAGUCUGCUGCAGGGCUGCCCUCGGUCUGACUGGCGCUCGCCAGAAAGACCCGAGGCGGUCUCUACACUGUCCAUCAUCCGUCCGAUCCAGCAACUCCCGCUUUGAUCCGGACAGCAGCGGCCAUCCGACUACCUGGGACUCGUUUGGGAUCUGGGACAACCGGAUCGAUGCGCCCAUUUUACUUCCGUCGAGCAUCCGCUACGGAAAACCCAUUCCCAAAGUCAGCCUGUCCAAGGUGGGCUGCGCCUCGCUGAUCGGCCAGCGGAAGGAAAAUGAAGACCGAUACCAGCUGUCUCAUAUGACGGACAAUAUCAUGUACUUUGCAGUGUUCGACGGGCAUGGAGGGGCAGAGGCUGCCGAAUUUUGCCACAAGCACAUGGAGCAGCAUAUUAAAAAAAUUGCAGAAGAAGAGGAUAACUUGGAGUUAGUUUUAACCAAAGCUUUUCUUGAGGUGGACAAAGCAUUAGCACAGCACCUUCACUUCAGUGCAGAUGCCUCUCUGGUAAGCGCAGGCACCACGGCCACAGUGGCCCUGCUGAGAGACGGCAUCGAGCUGGUGGUGGGCAGCGUGGGGGACAGCCGUGCCAUGCUGUGCCGCAAAGGCAAGGCUCUCAAGCUCACCGUGGACCACACGCCUGAAAGAAAGGACGAAAAGGAGAGGAUACGUAAAAGUGGAGGUUUUAUUGCGUGGAACAGUCUGGGUCAACCACACGUCAACGGAAGGCUGGCCAUGACGCGCAGCAUCGGCGAUUUCGACCUUAAAAGUACAGGAGUCAUCGCUGAACCAGAAACCAAGAGGAUUUCGUUACAUCACGUGCACGACUCAUUUCUGGCCCUCACUACCGAUGGCAUCAACUUCAUCAUGAACAGUCAAGAGAUCUGUGAUGUCAUCAACCAGUGUCACGACCCUAAAGAGGCGGCGCAGCGAAUCUCUGAGCAGGCUCUUCAGUAUGGUUCUGAAGACAACAGCACUAUCAUGGUGGUGCCAUUCGGUGCGUGGGGCAAGCACAAGAGUUCAGAUGUCAGCUUCUCCUUCAGCCGCAGUUUCGUCUCCAGCGGCCGCUUUGCCUAAACGGGAAAAAAACAACAGACAAAAGUGCAAUAUUUCGUUAAUCCAUAUGUUGAGGGACACAUCAAAAAACUAUAAAGGCCACAACUCAAAAGUGUGUGGUUUCGAAAUGUAUAAUACCUUGAGCGCGUCAGUAUGAUGCUGAAAAACUGUUUUGCGUAGAACACAUAACAAACAUUGUAAUAAUGUUUAAAACGCAGGUGAGAAACCUCACAGAUUUGCACAUUCUCAGUUUUUCCUUCCAGCUUCUUGCUUCAGUGUAUAGCUUUAAGUUUCCAGUGAUAACAGAUGUUACGUGGUUACCCCGGUUCGGCUUCUGUUCACAGACACGAAACGCUAGAUAACUCUGAUGUGAAUGUUAUGGUACUGUAAAUUUAGUACGGUAAAUAGUUUGCCUUGUUUCUCAUUGAAGAAUCCAGGGCCGUUCUCGCUAAUGGAAUCUCAAAACAACUUUGUUUCAUAACAGGAAUUUUAAGCACUUUGAAAUCUUUUAAGGUUUCGUUAUUAUCGUAAUGGGUGACACUGCCUUUGUAGUUAUGACAAGCACAUUUCAGCAGCGGUCCAUUGAUCUUUGUCUGUUGACUAAGCAUUUUCAUUGGUCCAUAAUGAGUUUGUCUAUAAAACCCUUUUGCACAUUCCUUGUGCAUGAACACAUCUAAAUAACCGUCUCUAGUUUGUAGCAUAAAUAUUCUUUAAGAUCAAAUUUGAAGCCAGAUCUGCGGUUGCCGUUUCAGUAAUUUGCAACCCAACUUGAGGACCAUUUCACAAACUAGUCAAUUUUUCUGUGCCUUUUCCAUAACCGUCUGUUUUUAUUUUAUUUGCGUGUAGUUGUUAUGAAGGACUGUGGGAUCGUAAGUCAAAUUUGAAACUGACUUAUAGUUUUGCUAGACAAACCUCAUGAUGUUUUGUACAGUUUCACCUACAAUGCAUAGAGAAGAUUACAGAUGUUGGGUUUGGUAUUUAUAUAAUGUGAAUAAAGGACCGUUAACUUUGUGUACAAUUGUAUAGAAGCUAUAUUUAAAUAUUUCUUUACUCGUACAGUCUCUGAGAUGAAGUAUUUCGUUUUAAUUUUGCUAAAGUGAUUGUUGUAAUGGCGGACAUUCCCCGUUCAAGCGUAAAUCUUUAAUACACAAUGUGAUCUCUGAUAUCCACUGACUUGUUUAUAUUUCUGGAGCCAUAUGUGACCUCUUUUUAUCAUUAACACUUAAUCCUGUAUGAAGUGGAAUCCAUUGCGUUUCAUUUAUUUCGUCUCCUUUUAACCUAUUAACAUAGUUUCUUUUGCUGCAAUGCUCUACGUGUACUGUUCCCGGGUUAUUAUUUUCUUUUAAUGUGUAUUAUGUACAGUGUUAACAUGUGCAUGGAUCUUGAUCUGUAAUAUGUAUUUUCUGUUCUGUACAUGGACCUAUAAUCUUGCUUUAUUGAUAUGCAGUUUCUUAAACUUGUAAAGUAUGAUACAUCUGUGAAUAAAGUUUGGU